UUCAAAAAAGGGAAUCAAUCAUCUUAGCGACCUGGCGUGGCAUUCCAUUGAGCUGACCCACAAUCACCAUAAUGUCACCAUGACUGUGGACCGAAACUCUCACACCAGCCUCCACAUGCCAGGACCUGAUGUGGAGCUCAGUACUGAGGAUGGAUUUUUUAUUGGUGGGGUUAGUGGGCUGAACCACCCCUACCUUCCCAACAUUUUCACCAAUUUUAGAGGUUGUGUAGAUGAAGUUGUGUUCAAUGGACAUAACCUGUUGUCCAGCCUAAGGCCGUAUUCUGGUUACAGGACUGUUCAUGAAGUAUCCUUAGGUUGUAGUCUGCAGUUUUCUGCAAAAGAAGGAGAACCUAUCAGUUUUCUUAGCUCCAAAGCCUUCAUUGCACUCCCGCCAUGGGAGGUACCACAGGAAGGGAUGUUUGAGUGUGAAUUGUACCCCUCUGCAAAAGAAGAAGAUGGUAUUGUGCUAUACAGCUCCAGCAACCAGAGUGGGUUUGUUGCAAUAGAGCUCAGAGAAGGUCACCUGGUGGCAAUGGUGGGAAAUGGAGAGGGGAUUAAAACUGAGCUGCGGUCACUAACACAUGUCCAGAGCAAACCGACAUGGCUCCCCAUCCAGCUGCAUUUGCUGCCUCACUUUGUCCAGCUGAAAGUAGGCAAAGAGUUAAUCAAGGCCAACCGUAGUCUGGAACUCCAGGUCAUCCAGCUCAAAGGGUCCCUCUUCCUGGGAGGGCUGGACCAACAUGCAUGGGAGGGAGCAAGGCGAGCUGGGUUGCUUUCUACCUCAUCUGCAGGAGCAGCCUCAUUUAAAGGCUGCCUCAGGGCAGUUAAGGUGAACACUCAAAAGUUGGGUUUACCUCAUGCCAUUGUCACCAAGGAUAUCACUGUGGGCUGUAAUACAGGAGGAGCUCCAGACACUGUGACCACCACCAGCCCAACAGAUAGUACUGAAUUUGAUGUUACAACCACACAACCAGUUAGCAAUGAUAAGAAGAACUUUUUGUUGCUGAGAAAGCUAGAGGUAUCAGAGGGAGGUCGGGCACCGCUGGAGCCUAAACACAUUAAGGUGAAUAUGGAUUUCCGGAAACUGGGCAUCCAUCCAUCACAGUUGAUGUUCUGUGUUGAGGAGCAACCUGUCCAUGGCCAGCUUCGGCUGGACCACAGAACAGACCCUGGCAGGAUGCUGGAUGAGGGGCAGGAGGGUAUUCUCAAAACAGGAGCUGAGGAAAAGGAUAGGGCUUUCAGUAUGCUUGACCUGUGGCACGGCCGGGUGAUGUAUAUUCAUGGGGGGUCAGAGGACCAGAAUGACUCCUUCAUGUUUUCAGUCUUCUCCAGCAAAAAGAAGGAGCUACCAAUGCUUCUAAGGGGCAAGCACCUGCACCGGUUUAAUAUCAGCAUUAGUCCUGUUAAUGAUGCACCUGUGCUCAGCCUUCCUGAGGGAAAUCUUUUCACUCUUGUGAAGAACUCCAAACAAAAGCUGACAACAGAUGUGCUGAGAGUGUCAGACCCUGACAGUAGUCCUGCAGAACUGGUGUUCAGCUCCCUUGGAAACCUCAACACUGAAGCUGGACACCUUGAGCACCAGGAUUACCCUGGCAGGGCCAUUAACCUGUUUUCCUUGAACGAUUUGGAAGCUGGUAAAAUCAGCUUUGUCCACACUGGGGUCUCCACCUCCAGGCUGGCACUGAGGGUUAGCGAUGGCCAAAAGUUGAGCAAUACAGUCGUUCUGAGGAUUAUGGCAGUGGCACUCCAACACAAACUGGCAAAUUAUACUGGACUGGAGGUGAACCAGGGCGAGGCUUCUGUGAUCACCACCAGUUACCUUGCAGUACAAGUUAAUGUGGGUGAUCAAGCAGUGGAAAUCCGCUAUGAUGUUACAGAGUUGCCAAAAUAUGGUGAGCUCCAGAGGCUGCAUUCAAGUGGUGAAUGGAAACCGACAACUUUCUUCUCACAGAAACUUCUAGCAAAAGAACGGAUCCGAUACCUCAGUACUUACCAUGGUCUUCAGACUCAGAACAACAUCACUGAUCAAUUCAAAUGUAAAAUCAGCAUUGGUUCCCUGGCAACCGAGGAAGUUGUUUUCCCCAUCUUUGUACGUUGGCUCCGCUUUAAGGUCACACGCAGUAAGAUGGAAGUCAACGGUGUUCAGAUGGCUGCUGUCACUUCAGAGGACCUCUAUGUGAUUUCUAAGGGUGUCAAACUUAAUGAGAGUGUUCUUUACUUCAGGCUCCUAACAGUGCCAAAGAAGGGUCAGCUAUUCCUCAACAACAAAGUUCUACAAAGGAACGCAACAUUUAGCCAGAAAAAUAUCACAGAUGGUUUGGUCAAGUACGAGCUGCUCAACAGGCUACAUGAUGAUACAAAAGACACGUUCAGCUUUCAAGUGUUUUCGACACAUGCCAGCUCAAUAAGUUACAACUUCAGAAUCAUAAUCAAAACUGAGUCAACAGCCAUCACUAUUGUAAGCAAAGGCCUUUCAAUUCUAGAAGGAGGGAGUAAGGUCAUCACCAAAGAUAUCCUGUUUGCUCACACAGAAAGUAACCAGGAGGUCCAGUAUAGCAUUAUGGUGAGACCCAUGCAUGGGCAGAUAAGAAAGAUCAAUCUCUCCAACUCAACUUCCAUUAAUGACAACAUUGUCACCUUCACAAAUCAGGAUAUUGUGAAAGAGAGGAUCAUGUAUGUUCACGAUGACAGCGAGACCAAGCAGGAUUCUUUUACAUUUCAAGCCAUGGUUUACAAACCACAUAAACGCUCCAACAAGAAGGAGGACAGAAACACCACUGAGCACACCUUUAAUAUCUCUGUGCAGCUCGUCAAUGACCAGAGACCUAUCAGAGUUGUUGAUAAAGUUUUCCAUGUGGCCCGUGAUGGUCAGAGGUUGGUGACUUUGAAUGACCUUCGUUACCGGGAUGAUGACUCGGACUUUGAGGACAACUGGUUGGUGUAUACACGGAGGGGGAUUCCCAUGGGAGAGCUGGUGCUGGCCAGUGAUCCUAGUCACAAGCUGUAUGAGUUCACACAACAAGACCUUGAGCAGGAAAAGGUGCUGUUUGUCCACAGAGGAGUGAGUUUCGGGCGCUUUGUGCUUUUUGUAUCAGAUGGAAAACAUUAUGUUUCCACACUGCUGGAGGUGAUGGCCCAGGAUCCUUACCUGCAGGUGGAGAACAACACAGGUCUUGUAGUCCAGAGAGGUGGGAUCAUGACCCUGACCUCCACUAACCUCAGCGUUUUGAGCAACCUUGACAUCCGGGACUCACAGGAAGUGACAUUCGAGGUCUUCCUCCCACCUAAACAUGGUGUACUCUGCUUUAAUGAUGGAGAUUAUGACACUGUCACUGAAUCAGAUGCGAUUUCAGUAUUCACCCAGCGGGAUCUGGUGGCAGGGCACUUGGCGUAUCGUCACGAUGGUAGCGACAAAUUGUCAGAUGGGUUCAAUGUGACAGCAAGAGCAAGGGAGAGGAGCACAGUGAGUCACCUGGACAGAGGGAGGAGGGAAGUGCAUCUGGACAUUGGAGUUUCUGUAAAAAUUUACCUGCAGAGGCUGCCAAAGGUCAUAAGCAAUCAUCCAGUGGUUGUAGUGGAGGGACAUAAUGUCUCCAUAAGCAGGGAACAUUUAGAGGUGGUCCAUGAGGACAGCCAGCCAUCAGAAAUAGUUUUUACUGUUCAAAGUCCUCCCACCCUGGGCUUUCUUCAGAGGUCCUCCCCCAUCAACAAACAUCAGAAUAACAAUAGAGGAAAAGAGCCCCUCUAUCAGGACACCAAAGAGCAGCAGACAACAUCCUUCACUCAGAAAGACCUCAACCAGGGGUUGAUCCUUUACCAUCAGCAAUCGACAGGAAGCACUAGUGACCGUCUUUUGUUGGAGGCAACCAACGGUGUCACAAAGGUCGGCCCUAUCACACUGGAGAUCGAUAUCAUUCCUAUUCUGCUCCCUCUACAGGUAUCUAACUUGACACUUGAUGAGGGGUCAUCCCUUCUGCUGACCUCUGACAUCAUUAAGGUCGCCAGUCACCACUUCUCAGGCAUGAGCUUCCUGUAUCAAGUGGAACGGGAAUACAUCUCCUAUGUCCAUGAUGGCAGCGAUACACAGAGAGACAACUUCACCAUUGUGGCCAACCAGACAGAAAUCGCCAAACACAGUCAACCCUGCACUGUUCAUAUCAACAUCAUUCCCAUCAAUGAUGAGACUCCUGUCAUUACAGUAAACCAGGGUUUGAAGGUGUGGGUGGGCUCAGUAACAGAAAUAACCAUAGAUGAGCUUAGUGCAGAGGACCCUGACACCCCACCUGAGCAGCUGGAGUUCAUCAUCACCCCACCCAGCAAUGGCCACCUGGCUCUGAAGAGCGCCCCUUCCAGACACAUCUUGAACUUCACCCAAAAUCACAUCCAAAGUGGACAGCUGGUGUUUGUGCACAGUGGUACAUUGUCUGGUGGCUUUCACUUCCAGGUGAACGAUGGUGUUAACUUUACCCCUCGUCAGAUCUUCAGUACAACUGCCCGUUCUCUGAUCCUCACCCUGCAAAGAAACCAUCCACUGGAGGUCUACCCAGGCUCUGUGACACCAAUCUCUGAGCAGGAGCUUCAGGUUAUAACCAACAAUGUCAGUGAUAUCAGAAGAAACCACUCCGUGGUGUUUACAGUGAUUGCUCCUCCUAAACUUGGCCGCCUGGUCCAACGAACGCCUGACAACUCCAAUAGCAUUUCCAUGUUCACACAAAGCAUGGUGAAUGAUGGAGUUAUAUUGUAUGACCAGAACAAUUCAGAGUCAGUGGAAUGGUCGGCUGUGGAUUCUUUCACUUUCACUGUGUCCUCUCCUCCUGCUUUCCUUCCUCCACACACCUUCACUAUCUUAAUCUCCUAUGGGGCCAGCAAUCAUCACAGCAAUCCUCAUUUCACAACCAGGCUACUGAACAAUGCAGGUGCUACGGUGGCAGAGGGAGGCAGAGUGAAAAUCGACAGCUCUAGACUCAAUGCCUUCAAUCUCCUGGGUCAUGUUCCAGCGUUGUACCGAAAGGACCACUACGUUCUUUACCGUGUGAUUUCUCUACCUCGUCACGGGACUCUGUCUAUACAAGGACACAAUCUCACCAGAAACCAGCCAGAGUUUUCUCAAAUCACCCUCGACAAGUUCGGCAUCACAUACAUCCACGAUGACACAGGGACGACAAACGACAGCUUCACUUUCCAAGCCUGGGUGGCUCCUUUGGAUCUCUCCUCCCCUUCUUCCUCAUCAGCUUUUCUCUCUGAUUCCUCCUCCUUAUCCCCUCUCACUUCAGCCCUGGUGGUGUUGGAGACAUUCAACAUUACAGUGAUACCAGUCAACAACCAGCUGCCAUUCAUCAGGAGCAGACCCCCAAGUAUGAAGGUUGUGGUUGGAGAGAGAGUUGUACUUGGACCAGACAGUUUGCAGACUGAAGAUCAUGACACCCCUCCAGAAGAGCUGCAUUAUCUUGUGAUAAGUAAGCCCAACAAUGGUUACCUGACGCUGGGGGAGAGACCAGAGCCAGUGACCUCUUUCACCCAGUAUGACGUCAACCAUGGCCGGCUACACUUCAUACAACAGGGUGAGCCCUCAGCAGGAGUUUUCUAUUUCAAUGUAACUGACGGUCAUCACCAUCCAUUCUACAAACUGUUUAGUUUAGAGGUGAUCAAGCCCUCUGUAUCUAUAGUGAACAACACUGGCCUGUCGCUGGUUCAAGGCAGGACUGCUGUGGUCCUCACAACAAACCAGCUGGCAGCUCAAACCAAUGGUCACAGUCCAGCCAACAUCACCUACACAGUCCAUACACACCCUCAUCACGGACGCAUUGCUAUUAAUGACCAGGAGGUCACAACUUUCUGCCAGGAGGACCUGCAGUUUGGCCGGGUUGUCUAUCAUAUGACUGAUCUCAGUGAAUCAGAGGACAGCUUCCAAGUCUCAGCAUCAGCUUCCUCACCAGGUGUUGAGUAUGUAAAUGUAACGGCAGAGACAGUGAAGGUGACUGUGCAGCCUCUGAUUUACCUGAGGGAGCCGGUCAGAGUACCCAGUGGUGUUGCUGUGAAACUGGGGAAAGCCAUGAUUGAUGCUUCUGAGCUGGCAAGAAUCAGCCGAACUGACCCCGUGUUUGAGGUUCUCUCACCGCCAAAACAUGGAAAACUAGUUAAGAUGACCUAUGACCCUAACCGAGCAUCACAGGUUCUGAAGUCAUUUACAUUCAGAGAUGUGGUUCAAGGCCGAGUUGCCAUCGAGGAGACUCUCAGUACCAGCAAUGACCAGCUCCAUGAUAACAAAUCAGUGCUUGCAACAGCUCAAGGCCACACCCCCGCCAGACCACUCAAUGAUUCUUUCAUCUUCCUUCUGAAGGCUGGAAAUGUCCAACCAGCAAAGGGUGAGCUUCACUUCACCAUCUUACCACACCACCAGAUGCAUCAUGGUCCAAAUGCUUUGAAUAAAGCUGAUGGUGCAAGUCACCAGCACACUACAACUGAUCUGCCAACACAUAAUAGAACUACUACUGGAAGCAGGCGAAGGGGUUUUACAACGCACAAUGGAGUCCAACCAGGUUUGCAAUCCCACAUUUGGUCACAAAAGAACAACAACAGGACGCAACACAAGCUGAGGCCUCACAACCGCUGGGAGAACCACACACACAGUAGAGGACAUGGAGAAAGAUCAGGAAGCAGUGCAGAAGGAGUUGAAGGGGAUCACAGCCAUGCCUCACAACCCCACACCCCGUUUGUACUAAAAAAGCAUGAUCUGAUGAAUCCUCCAGACACAUCCCCAGUUCACUCUGAGGUCCACCUUCGGCCUGCCUCCGACCCCCUCCUCAUUAUCCUACCACUGCUGGCCUGUUUGUUCCUCAUCAUUAUUCUAGUGGUUUUAAUCCUGGUGUUCCGCCACCGCAAGGAGAAACAGGCCAGGCUGUGUCUCAUUCAGGAGCUUGCUGCAGUGUCAUCACCCACUGAGGGCAGCCCCUACCUGGGCCAGCCAGAGCGUAGCGUGGCUAUGCCCUCUGUGGUGGUCACUCCGCUUGGGCCUGCAAGCUGUCCAACCUCACCCAGGAUACCCAUAUGUCCCAGAAGGAGAAGUCUGGCCCCAGGGAUAACCUUUUGGGGGCCAUCUGAAGUAGAUGUAGCAUGUGGUGAUGGGAAUGUUAGAGGUGGUAACAGUAGUGGAGACAACGUAAAUUGUGGUAAUACACUACCAGCUGUCCCUACAGGAUUCAAGACCUCUGUAAGAUCUAGGUCCCUUACUCCGACUCUUAAAGACAACCAGUACUGGGUUUGAUGGAUUUUAAGUGAACAUAAACUAUGCUUUGGGUGAGUAUUUUUGGUGUGAAGGUUACAAAUGUCUGCUCUGUGGUCAUCUAAGGCACAUUUGGCCUUUUAUAAAAUUUGAAAAAAAAAGACAAAAAUACUGUUGCUAUAUAUUUUAAAUUUAGUGUUUCAUAUUGGAAUUGUUGCUGAACAAGCAAAAGGAACAGAGGCUGAUAUUUACUGCAUUUAUUACAAUGUAUGAAUUGUUAGUUAGCAUUAAUGUGAGUUUGCAGUGUAACUGGUACUGUAGGCAGCACCACUCAUAGCAGACUUGACGUGUUACUUCAUCAUAGUGUCUGUACAUGCAACUAAACAUGCUGGAAGCUUUCAAGUCUGUGCAUGCAAAGUGUUUUUUGUAACAUUCACCCCUUGUGCACAAGGACAGUUCACUGUUCAGCACUCUUCUUUUCCCUUUGUUAGAUGUUAUUACAGCUCAAGGCUGUGUCAUAUUACUGUUUCUGAUAGUUGAUAGAGUUUAACCAACUCAUAGUGAGAAAUUCUUGAGGCCUGCAUCUGUUUUCCAAUUCACUGUGAAAGACUUCUUUUUAAUAAAAAGUAUUUCUUCCAGACUUCUGUGUGUUCAACUGAAACACAUCUCCAGUUAAAAAAGUCAGCAUUUUAAGUUAGUGCUUGAAAGAUGUUUCCGAAUGUGUACUGAUACUUAGAACAUACUUUUCAUACAGUGAUCCUGAAUCAGUUCUUUGUGGUGUAAAGUUUAGGGGGCUUCUUUUUCUCUCUUGUAUAUAAAAUUUGUGUUCAACCAAGUUAUUCAUGUAUAUGUAAAUACUGAUUCUUUGACCAGCCUGACCAAUGGGCACCUCUGCUCUUAGUGUUAAAAGAGGAUAGAAUAACAGAAGAACUUUGUUGCAUGCAAUAAAAAUAAUGAUCUAAAAAACUAUUCAUUAGAAUUUUUAUGAGUAAAUAAAAAUGGGCUAUUUAAAAAUAAUAAAUACCACUGAAAUGAUUACUUAAACACAUUAAAGAGUCAAAUUAAGACUGGAAGAAGAAGAGAAUGAGGCAGGUCUAAAUAAUGAAGGGCCCGCAGCUGCAACCUGACCUGCACUCUGUGAACUCUGGUGUCAGAUAUCAGGCACUAGACCAAUGCUGCCUUCCCAGGAAAACAAAUGAUAACACACUUCUCUCUGGAAAAACUUAGCACACAAUAGAAUUUUGCUAAAAUUAUGUCACAUUUCCUGAGCAAUAUUUGACAAAGAGAAAUGGUGCAUGUAAAUAAAUGAUGCUAUUCUCCAUUACAGGCUGAUAUGAGACUAACAAUCAGACUCGAUUAGGAUGUUACUCCAACAGGAAAGACAUCUGUUUGGCACUGUCAUUUCAUUGGUCACACUGUGCUGUAUUUGAAUAUUGUAACUGAUUCAUGCUGUGCUAUUUUUAGCAAAACCUCAGGGUGAAAUUACUAAACUUAUUAAAAAAAGAAAAAAGAAAGAAAUCAGCUGUUGGAAAUUGCUGUAAUAGUUUGUGGUGGUGUUGUGUUGGUCUGUAUUUUAAUUUCACUGCAUCUGAAGGGACAUUUUAUAUUCAGGAUAUGUGCACCUCUGAAAAAAAUAUCCUGAAUAUUAACAAAAUUUUCAUAUUCAUCAAAACACCAGCUGAAAAACACAAUACGGGUCAAGUGAAACUAUAAGUUACAUUUUGAAAAAAGAAAAAACAGUCAACACUAAAGAAACUAACUGAAUUAAAUUCUACUUUCACUUAUCUACCAUUGUGUUACAUUAAAAAAGUGUUAAGACACAGUUUCAUCCAGGUGGAUUACCGUAAGCAUUUCUGGAGGAAAAAGUGUUUCAUUAUAAACCAAGUAAAGUAAAUGCUAAACACCUGAAAUUGUAUUUACCAAGAAUACUUUACUUUACCAAAUAAAACCGACGGCACUAAACACAACACUAUAAUACAUUUGAUGUAUUACCUUACUAUCAGAGUUGUCUGUGGUAGAUUUGGUUUAUACAUGUAUUUCUUUCAGGGUGUGUGAUAAGUGCUCAUCUGGCAACCUUCACAGAGUACAUUCUGGAUUUGCUCUGUCAGUCGGACUGAUUACAUUAUAGACAACUCAGUACAGAGGAAUGUGAAAAACAACUGUAAACCAGUACAGGGUGUUAAAUGGUAAAUGGUCUUACACUUGUACAGCGCUUUUCUAUGAAUUACAGCACACUCAAAGCGC